AUGGCCGUGCAAUCUGACUCUGGCGGGAAGGAUGAUGUGAAGACACAGUUCGUGACUCGCGAGGGGACGUACAGAUUGAUGACAUUGUCGGAGUAUUCGAGGCCUAAUCGUGUGGGGUACACGAGUGGCUCGGGCUCCUCUCACGUCCGAGUGUCUCUCGUUACCUUGCCGCCGGGGCCGGAGGACGGAGCGCCCGGCUCCGACGGACAGGGCUCCGACGACAGAAUAUGUUUUAACCACGGGAAGGAGCUUUAUGUUUACGUUUAUAGAGGAAUCAAAAAGGCUGCAGAUCUCACUAAACCGGUGGACAAAAAGAUAUACAAAGGCACGAACCCGACAUGCCACGACUUCAACACGGUAACGAUGACCUCGGAGACUGUGUCCUUGAUCAUUGGUUUCUCCACCGGCCAGAUACAACUCAUAGAUCCUAUUAAGAAGGAGUUAAGUAAAUUAUAUAAUGAAGAGAGGCUUAUAGACAAGACUCGAGUGACAUGUAUCAAAUGGGUGCCGGGGUCUAGUAACCUGUUUGUGAGUGCGCACGCCUCGGGCCAGCUGUAUGUAUACAACGAGGAACUAGUCUGUGGGGCCGCGCCUCACUACCAGCUGUUCAAGACGGGCGACGGAUACUCGAUACACACCUGUAGGACCAAAUCCACUAGGAACCCCUUGUAUAGGUGGGUGAUAGGCUCGGAGGGUAGUUGUAUAAACGAGUUCGCGUUCUCCCCGUGCGGCGCCAACCUGGCCGUGGUGUCCCAGGACGGGUUCCUGCGAGUGUUCCACUACGACACCAUGGAGCUGAUCGGUCGAGCGCGCUCCUACUUCGGCGGCUUCCUGUGUGUGUGUUGGUCGCCCGACGGGAAGUACGUGGUGGUGGGCGGCGAGGACGACCUCGUCACCGUGUGGUCGUUCGGCGAGCGGCGCGUGGUGGCGCGGGGUCAAGGACACCGCUCCUGGGUCUCCGUGGUCGCCUUCGACCCCUACGUCGUCGGCUUCGUGGAGGCCGACCGCGACCCCGGCGGAGAGGGCGGCCAAUGUUACAGACUGGGCAGCGUAUCGCAGGACACUCAGCUGUGUCUGUGGGACCUCACGGAGGACGUGCUCCGGCCGCCGCCCCGCGCCCGCGCCUCCGCACACCUGUCCCCCAACAGCCAGCACCUGUCGCCCAACGGAGUGCCCGGGACGAAGGCGCCGCGCUGCGUCAAGACGAACAAGAUCGGUCACAAGCACGUGGAGCUCAGCGCCGCCCCCGCGGCCGGCGAGCCGUCCGGCGCGAAGACGGCCGUCCGCGCCAAGAACAACAGCACGCUCGGUGCCAACACGAGCGGCGCGCGCGGCAAGGAGGAGGCGGGCGUGUCGCUGGGCGCGCACCUGUCCCAGCGGCUGGCCGGCUUCUCGUUCGGCGAGCGUCGCUCCGAGCACCGUCGUAACUUCAGCCUCGGCAAGCCGGAGCGUCCCGCGGCGCCCCGCACGCCGGCCGCGGACCCUCUGCGUCUCAUCGGCUCGCCGGCCUGUCCUCGGUUCGACGAGUGUCCGGUGCUGGAGCCCCUCGUGUGUAAGAAGAUCGCCCACGAGCGACUCACGGCGCUGUUGUUCCGCGCCGAGUGCCUGGUGACGGCGUGCGCGGACGGCGGCGUCAACACGUGGGCGAGACCGCCGCGGCCCGAGCGACGACGGGACAGGAGCGACCUCGUGGACUAG